GUCACGGUUUGCAAUGUAUCACUAGUGUCGGCGCCCUUUUGAAUUCUCAAUACACAUACCAGCAGUGGCCUGGACUAGCACAACUAUGGAAUAUACAAACCCGGCAUCGAUGAGGCGCAGCUUCGGGACGACUGUCGCUGGUCCAAGGAGAAUGGACCUGGCUAGCCGGCCUGUUCUCAAUCAUGAUCAAUCAUACCGCGCUGAUGCAGGAUCAGAUUACUUCUCUCAUAACCAUCCGACUGUUCAGCGACGUCAGUCAGCCAAGCAACUCAUCGACAGAUACGAGUCCAUUUUGCAGGAACCAUCAAUUGCUCGUAGGCCACCAAGCGCAGCCCGUUUUCAUGGUGUAUUGUCGUCUCGCUCCAUUGGCAAGGGUAAGAGAAGGUCUUUGAGUGCCUCGCUGCGCAAUUUCCUGUCCGUCUUCCAGAAGGGGAGGAAAGGAAAGGACGGAGAUGAUCAAGAAGAAGACAUUCCUACAGUUGUGGUCGACGCACCGAGCAUGGCUCAGAUCCCUUCAAUGUACACUGAGAGCGCUCCCCUUCCUCAUGAUACAGGUAGCGUGGCCCUUUCAGCGGGUAAAGUCUCUGCACUUCACUCCGGUGCGCUGUUAUAUCUUUCCAUGCCAUCAUCUUCCACUACUUCGCCUAUCCUGCCCACCUGGACAUCCUGCGAUGUCACCUUGCAUACCCUGCAUAUACUCAUAACAUGGUAUACUACUCACAGCAAUGCUUCGACUCAUGUCCUUCCACUAGAUGGCUGCACCGACGUCCGUUCUAUGUCUAUGAACCGACUGGAUCCUGACGAGAAGGCUCUCCUUCCGACCUCAACAGACCAGUCUGAGCCAAAGGUGUUCGAGCUUGUGUUCGAGGGCCGCCGAAGAGAAAAAUUUGCGGCAUCAUCGAGUCAAGAACGGGCACGAUGGGUCAGCGCUAUAUGGGAUACAUUACUCCAAAGGCGGUCGCAGGGAACAACACGAGUACAGGCGUUAACGAUACGGACAAAUUUGGAGCGUAAAGGUCAAGAAUACUUGCAGCCUCCGUCAGCAUCAGAGUAUCCUUCCUCCGAAUACACUUCGUCUAGUGGUGUUGAAUCCGAGACCUCGCUGACGACGGAGCAGUCUCUUCCUCCGACACCAAGCAGCAAAUCACCUCUGUCCACUCAGUCUCCGGCUCGUUUCAGUCUACAUGAUUCGCCACGGAAUCGUUCUCCCAUGUCUCUCUUGCCUCCGCGACCUCCGUCACAAAUAUCACCAUGGAGUCCUAGUCCCAAAAGUCCCUCAAUUGCCAAACUUGGAAAUCUUUCCGUCGUCACACAACGGUUGGCACAGAUUGAUCAAACGAGCUCCCCAGGAUCAGCGAGUAGUGACUCUAUCAUGCCGCACUUACAGGGUGCUCAGACCAUCCGGCCCAUGCGUGCUCGCCGGGCGUUUGCGGAAAUCCACAAAAUCAAAGACGAAAGCUUUUCGAGCGACUCGCCAUUGAGCAGUGGUGGACCCAGCCCGCAACCGAGAUCGCCGGCAUCGAUCGAGACAUACUCUUCGCGGUCAAGAAGUGCUUUCGCUCGUAGUGGGACAUCUCUAACGCCUGCUCCGACUCUUCCUGAGACACUGCGAGUUCUCGUGGAAGGUUUACCGAUUCAAUCUCCCUCGCCAUCUACAGUAGAUAAGGGUCUGCAGGUGGUGCCCAUUACGGACUCGAUCAAAGAGGGCGCAGCAAUGACUUUAGAUCAAACGAUAGGUAUUAGCGAACAAAUAACUGUGUUACAACACGAUAUUCGGCACCUUCCCAGUGAGCUGGCACCCUUGUUGGCUAACACCACACGUCAGUCUUCUACCGAAGCUAAGGAGGCCAUCACUUCUGCGAUACAAGAAUUGGUUGCCAGGGUAGAGGAGAUUCAGCAGCAGGGCUCCUUCAGUACUGUCCAGCUGCAGGGAAAUUCCAUUAUGAAGAUCCUGGACGUCAUGCAGACGCAGUUGAAAUCGAGUCUUCCUCGCAUUCUCGAAAAACUCGAUACGAUCCAUGACAAUCAAGAGCGAGAUAUGUCGACGUCACACCCGAACAUCACCAUGAAGAAUCUGAGGCCUCCUUUUUCUACACCGACUUCACCGGCGGAUGGUUCCAAAGCCUGUUUGAACGUGGAUAUCUCGGAUAUAUAUGCGAAGCUGAAUGAGCUCGCCUCACUUUACAAGACUGGUAAUACCCCGUCGAGCCCCACUGUAGGAAGCCUUCGAGAAAAUGCAGAACCCCCAGAGAAGCUAGCACAUGACCUGUUAGACGACAAGCUGAAAGCCGUCCUGGAUUACCUGAAUGCGGAUGAAGAACAAAAAAAAGUGCAGCUCGAACAGCAGGCCGAUAGUGUCCGCUACCUGAACGAACUAAAUUCGUGGCUGGAUGCGUUUGUCAGCACAGGCACCGCGCAGAUACAGGUUGUCGCAACUGGUGUUGAACAAAUUUGUAAACAACUAGGUAUCAGCACAUCCGAAGAGCUUUCAAGCACCAACCUGAGUGGACAGGUGCAGCAACUGCUGGAGGCGGCGCGGAGUCAAGUGCACAAUGAAGAAGACUUGCGAUCAACAGUCCACGAGUUGAUCCAGGUCGUUCAAGAACAUCUCACUCAUGGAGAUGAGCGACGCAAAGCACUUGUGACGGACUCGGUCAUGGAAAUUAUCAAUCGCCAAAGAGCAGACCAGGAGCAAAUGCUGCGAGCAUUGUCGAGUGAACUCACGGAGGAGAUCCGAGGGGAACGACUGCGAUUCGUGGAAGCGAUGAAAGAGGCCACGGCAAUUAAUGUACAAGGCAUGUUUUCCCUUUCUCACGUUGAACAUUUUAAGGCUGAAUUGGGUCGUGAAGUCGCAGUAAUGACACAAGAUGUUGGGAGGCUGCACAAAGAGAAGCAGGCGAUCGAACAGCAAAUUGCGGACCUAUUCGCAUUCUACUCCAAGCAAAAGCAGGAAUCCGAGGUGUGUCCCGCCGAUCUCCUUUUGGCUUGAUGAUUUCUUGUUCUUGAAAUUGCAGGCCCCCUAUCGGCGUGUACUUCCACGGUCUUCAGGUCACAAAAAUGUUCAGAAUAUAGCUGCCUCAGAAUCACCACAACGGCGUCCGUUACCUAACCCUGAAAACCACGGUGCUGAUGCUGUUAGGUUUCAGAGGCGCGAUCCUCGGAGUAGAAUCAGAGCUGAGUAAGUGGGGCAUUGAGAUGGAAGUGGAGAACGACGAUCUAUGUAGAACAAUGAUCUAUGUAGAGACAAGCGAACGUUUGAUGAAUAUGUCAAUAUGAAUUAGUAAUGUUGAGUCCCACCUGCAUAGACACCACCGACACGAUUAUCGUAUCACGGCCGUGCGCGUGAGAGAGCGAUAAACGA